UGCUGAUAUUUUGCUUCCUAUAUCGAAAACAUGUUUAAAACUGACUGUCAGCUAGUUGGUAUGCAGAGGCAGCAAUAAAUUGGUAACAGUAUCACCAUUGUUGUGUAUUAUACAGUUACUAGUCAUUGAUGGUUCCAUAUAUAUUUACACGAUAUGGAUGAAAUGCUGACGACCUGAAAUAUAUAUGACAAAAUGAAGCUUAGUACAUCAACCUAUUCAAAGUCGUAACUAAAUUUCUGCACAAUGAAUCCCUUAUCACUAACCGUACUCUUCCUGAUAAUUCAUGUUUCAUAUGGUGAAACGAAAGAAUGUCACGUUUUCAGAAAAGGGAGUUGGUCAUGCAAAGGAAGCACUUUUGUUCCAAAUUUUCCAAAUGACACUACAGCUGUUACAUUCAUAGAUCUAAAAAUUGACAAUUGGGACAACCAAACCUUUCAAAAUUUGACAGAACUGCCCUUACUAGAACAUUUGUUAAUUAAAUCCACCUGGCUUAACACAUCUACCAAUGAUGUAUUUAAGUCUUUGAAGUAUAUACAAGAAUUUGAACUUAUUACUGUUCCGUUACCUCUUCUGGAAUUAAGAAAUGUGUUGCUUGGUUUACCACUGACAACAAUAAAAUUAGUAUUAUCUGAAAUGCAGCUGGAAAAUAUGAAUAAAGAUAUAUUUGAUGGUCUCAGAGGAACUAACGUUUCACGUAUUUUCAUAAGUAGAUGUAAUAUGGUACGUUUUGAUGGCAGCUAUUUCACCGGUAUAGAUCGAUUAGAACAACUUGUUCUUCAAGGAGACGGUAUUACCAGAGUUACCGACUGGGGAUAUCUUCCUAAUUUGAUUUAUCUAGAUUUGUAUCAUAACGAAAUUUCAACCUUGCCAAAAUUUAAAAAUGGAUCUGGAUUUAUAUUUUACCCAAAACUCGAAAAGUUAUUCAUAGGUUUAUCAGGAUUUACUUACCUAAACAGCAAUUUUUUUAAAGGAUUAGACGGUCUACAUAAACUGGGUAUCUUUGUUGGUCAUAUCGUUUUAUUCAGAUCGGAUGUUUUCCAGAAAUUGAAAUAUCUACGAGCAGUAAGUUUAGUAUCUCUUAAGCACCAUGUCUUAAGAUUUGAGCAGAACGUCUUCAAACUCAAAUUAUUGGAAUCAGUGGAGCUAAUUAACAUUCAUGUUGAUGUUAACGAAGGCAAACCGUCUUCGUUAUUAAAGUCGUGCACACAGCUAAGAAAUUUGAUUCUGAGAAAUGUCAGUAACAUAAACGCCAACGAUUUACUUAAGCCACUGACUAAACUGGAAAAUCUGGAGAUUACUGAUGGGCAGGUUAGCAAAAUUCCAGAUGCGAUUUGUAAUAUGAAUAAUCUUACAGGACUUUCCAUUAUUUACACAAAUGUUAGCAAAUGGAACAAAGCGAAUUGCUCAGUUAUGAGAGUAUUGCGUAAACUGGAGUUAAAUGAUAAUAAAAUUCGUUACGUUAAUCAAGAAUUAUUUUCCCAUUUACUAUUCAACAACGAGAAACUGAAUAUUGAUCUCUCAAACAACCCGUUCGUUUGUGACUGCAAAACACUCUGGUUUCGAGAUUGGUCACGGAAAAAUGCAGGGAGAUUGAAAAAUUACAAGACAUAUCGUUGCUUUAUUCCGGAUACAUCUGAUUACAUCCAUUUGGAAAAUUUUUCUCUAAGCUGGGAUUACUGUGAAAAUAGACAGAAACCGUCUCUUAUCGCUAUGUUUGGUGGAAUUAUAGCCGUACUGGUUGUUAUUUUUGUAUGUUUGGCAAUAUUAUCAUAUGCAAAUCGAUGGUCAAUUCAUUUCUGUUCAUACCAAUCAUUAGUAAGAAAGAGAAAAUACAAAACACUCGUUAAUGAUGGCCAAUAUACGCAUGAUGCGCUUGUAUGUUACUGUAAUGCUGAUGUCAACUGGGUUCUGAAUAAACUUUUACCCAUUAUAGAAGAAGAAAACCAUUUCAAUUUAUGUUUACAUGACAGGGACGUUUUUGUUGGCAGCAAUAUUAUUGAUAAUGUCGUGGACUGCAUGCAACAGAGCCGUAAGGUUGUUUUAAUUUUGUCACCGGAUUUUGUUCAGAAUUGCUGGUGCCAGUUUGAAGCAAGCAUUGCCCAGCAAAAGAUCUUAGAAGAGCACUACGAUAUUAUUAUUCCUGUUUUAUUAAAUGAAAUUCCUUCGAAUUUACGAACGGAAAGUCUUGUUGAUUUACAAAAUCAUAAAACGUUCUUGAAUUGGCCGAAUGAAAGCCAAUAUGAAGAAAAGUUUUGGGAACAAUUUGUAAAACGUCUGAACGAAAAUGAAACCGAUAAUGAGGCUUAGAACUGAUGGGUAAUGGAUUCAUUCAAAAAGAGAAAAGCAAAUGUAUCGGCACACAUUUUCCGUAAGAAAACAAAACUGAAUAUAUUUUAUUUGAUGUUGUUUUGGACAAAGAGGAAUUUUUCUAACAACAUCUUAUAGAGAAAUUAGUCCUCGGUGAAACUGCUAGAAUUCCGAUGAAGUCCUCGGUGAAGCUGCUCGAAUUCCGAUGAACAGCAGUGUAAAUGCUUAGAUAUCUAGUAACAAAUGUGACAUCAACGUUUAAUAUUAUGAAAGCAAUCCUAAAUAUAUUUCAUGUCAAAACGAAUAUUAAUAAGACUAUAAUCUUUCAUGGCAUACAGUUUCGUUCUAAGUAAGCAUCUACACACGAUUCCAAACUCACUAUUUGAAUAAACAGAAGUGCUUGUGCAUGCAUUUUAGAAAUAUUUAUCCCUCAUUGUAUUGUAAAAUUUGUAGAAAAAUAAUGGAACUAAUAAAACGACACACACAUAUGAAAUAUUAUUAGUUUCAAAAUUGUUUUAUUGUAAACAUACAAUACACACUACUACGGUAACAAAUGCAGAAAUAUAAUACUAAUUAAAUGUAGAUUAUCAAAUUUUCCUUUUUUUAUAUAUAAUUAGAUUUCCAGGUAAUUUUGGUAAAUUUUCGCUCGCAGAAAACAUGUAUAAGUUUUAUUUUAUUAUUCUAUUACGUUUUAAUAUUCCACUACAACAUAUAACUACGAAUAGCCUGGUUUUAGAACACAAUAUACGUAUGCUUUAGAGAAAAGCUUUAAAUAUGUGUGAAAAUUGUAUCUUGAAUAUGUAAACCAAUAAAUGAAUA